AAAAAAAAAAAAAAAAAGGAAAAAGGCAUGGUCCGCUUCAAGAACAGAUACUUGCUAUUCGAGGUCGUCUAUGCGAACACGCCAUUACGAUGGGCUUCGAUUCCAGCUUCCAAUACAUUAGAACUGUCUUCGACAGCUGAUCAAAAUCCUUUUGGAGAUACUGGAAGAAAUAACUGUCAACUACCACAAAUCAGCAACAAAGACCUGAUGGUUGCUCUUAAGGACUCGAUAGCAGGGAACUUUGGAGAUUAUGGAGCUGGGCUAACACAGAGGCCAUUGACAUUAAAAUAUUUUUCACCACACACAAACAUUGGGAUUCUCAGGAUAUCGAGAGAGGAAUUGCAUAUUGUAUGGGGUGCACUCACCUUUAUUACACAGCUGAAAGGAAACCCAUGCAUUUUCAGAGUCCUUCAUACUUCUGGUACGAUCCGACAUUGUCAAUCACGGACGAUUGCCUACGAUCGUGACCGGAUUAUGGCCCUAAGGAACCAGGCACAGCUUUUGAAAGACGAUCAGGCGUUUACACAGCUUGGCCUUGCGCUUAAGGACUCAUUAGACGAAGUUAAUGCGCUGGAGCUUUAGAGUGGGGGAUUUGAUUAGGAC